UAUAUAUACCCAUUUACAUAAAAAAAAUUAUUUUGAAUUUUUCUCAUCAAAAUUAAAAAUAAUUUGAUGAUCAUGAUGACAUUAACAAAUGUGAUCAUAACCCUACUUUUUUUGUUGAAUAGUACACUCGUACUCGCACAACCCCCACAAAACAUAUUCAUUCUAGCAGGACAAAGCAACAUGGCAGGCCGCGGUGGAGUAAAAAAGGGUAAAUGGGAUGGGUUUAUACCAUCCGAAUGUAACCCGAACCCGAACAUCCUCCGAUUCACAGCCCAAAACAGUUGGGUUUUAGCCCAUGAGCCACUUCAUGUAGACAUAGAUGUGGGUAAAACAUGUGGUGUUGGCCCUGGUAUGGGUUUUGCUCAUGGUUUACUUAUGCUUGGUGGGUCAGAAAUGGGGUCGAUUGGGCUUGUGCCGUGUGCGGUAGGUGGGACCAAGAUUAGUGAGUGGGGCCGAGGUACGGUGUUGUAUAAUCAGUUGGUGCGACGGGCUAAGGCGGCUGGUGGGAAGAUUGGUGGGGUGUUGUGGUAUCAAGGUGAAAGUGAUACAGUCAAUGUUGAGGAUGCUCAAGGUUAUAAAGGAAGGAUGGAGAAAUUUAUUGGUGACUUGCGUUCUGAUCUUGCAUUACCCUCUCUCUUAAUUAUACAGGUUGCACUUGCAUCGGGAGAAGGUAAAUAUAUUGAGAAAGUGAGGGAAGCUCAACUUGGAAUAAAAUUGGCUAAUGUGAAAUGUGUUGAUGCAAAGGGACUAAGAGUUGGAUAUGAUCAUUUGCAUCUCACUACUAUGUCACAAGUCCAUUUAGGUUUAAUGCUUGCUCGUUCUUACUUGAAUAUCCAUAAGCAUCAUGAUUCACUAUCAACAACAUCAAAUAGUUCCUUAGUAUAA